CCCAAGCUUCCCUCUCUCUCUCUGACUCUCUCUCUCUGUCUAUCUUCUGUGUCUCUGUCUCUCUCUUCUCUCUCUCUGACCACUUCCUCUGAACCUCCCUCUGCAUUAGCAGCAGUAGUUGUUUCUUGAGACGCUCUGCUGUGUUGUGUUGUUGCAUCGAUCUUGUGUUGUGCUGCUGCGUGCACAUUCAGAGGAGAUGGACCUGCUGAGCCAGGAGCAGAUCGCCGAGUUCCGGGAGGCCUUCUCCUUCUUCGACAAGAACGGCGACGGCUGCAUUACGGUGGAGGAGCUGGCCACGGUCAUGGGCUCGCUGCAGGGCCAGCGCCCAAGCGCGGAGGAGCUCCGCGAGAUGAUCCGCGACGCCGACGCCGACGGCAACGGCACCAUCGAGUUCGCCGAGUUCCUCGGCCUCAUGGCGCGCAAGACCGCCAAGGACGGCGCUGCCGACGCCGACGAGGAGCUCCGCGAGGCCUUCAAGGUCUUCGACAAGGACCAGAACGGCUACAUCUCCGCCACCGAGCUGCGGCACGUGAUGAUCAACCUCGGGGAGAAGCUGACGGACGAGGAGGUGGAGCAGAUGAUCCGGGAGGCGGACCUCGACGGCGACGGCCAGGUCAACUACGACGAGUUCGUCAGGAUGAUGAUGCUCUCCGACGGACACGGACCGGCCAACCACCACCAGUGAAGAAUCAACCGCACGCACGGCUGCAUCGUGGAUCGGCUACAUGUAGCUAGGCUAGCGUUUCAUUUAGUUCCUCGUCGUCUACCUCGGCUGAUCAACUUUCUCCGUUCUCUCCAAUGGAGGAGAGUUGGAGAAUACUACUGUGGAUCGGAAGAAAUGGGUAUGGAUGGAUCUGUUUGUCAGUGAUUAUCACUCAUUUGUGGUAACUGAUUAAUCAAUUUAUUGAAUCGUCAAACGGUGACGAUUGAUAUCU